AUGAGUGGUAGUCGUUUUGAUCCCGUAGAUGCCUUCAAAGCUCAGCAAGAGCAGCGAUUGGACGAGGGGGAGAAAGCCGUUCGGCUCUUCUCGCAAUUGGAGCGGGCCCUUGACGCGGCUGCUGACGUUGCAGCCGUUGAAACAGCUGUCGCCGCUUUGCUGGCACCAGACGUACGCGCUGGAGCGUCGGCUGUAGUAUCGGCUGUAGCGGAUCGUGCGAGCAACACGUCGAGUCAAAACGCGUCGGCUGUAGCGGAUCGUGCGAGCAGCGCAGUUGACGGAAUCGGAGAUGAAGCGUUCUCCACGGGCGUGAGAGACGCCGCUGCCGCUGUGACAGAAGCGAAGGCACCGAUACUGUCACCUCUGCGCGUUCUGCUGUCGGACCACCUCGUGACGCUCUCGCACCUGCUUCUGUUCCGUCCGUACGACAGCCCCCUCCCUUUCCUCUUUUCCCUGCUAUCCUUUUUAAGAGCAGCGCCAGUGCUUCCCCCUUCCGCCCGCCGCGCCCUGCUCGACCCGCUCUUCGUCUCCGCGCCCCUCCAAUCCGCGCUAGACGCCCUCCUCCCCCUCCUUUCCGCCUCCCCCUCCGCCUACACUGCCUUCGCGGACGAGGAGUUGCUUGAAGGGGAAGAUGGGGGGAGGGAAUUGGGGGGACAUGGUGCGGAGGGGAGUGUGGGGAAGAAUGUUAGCAUCAGUGGUGGUGCUGCUGCUGCUUCUGGUGGUGGUGGUGGAGGGGUGUGUGAGAGGGUGGCGCAGGGGAAAAGGAGCAGCAUUGCAUGCAAGGAGGCUGAGAGGGGAUCCACUUUCCCCUCCCUCCCUCCCUCCCUCCCUCCCUCCCUCCCUCCCUCCCUCCCUCCCUCCCUCCCUCCCUCCCUCCCUCCCUCCCUCCCUCCCUCCCUCCCUCCCUCCCUCCUUCCCUCCCUCCCUCCCUCCCUCCUUCCCUCCCUCCCUCCCUCCCACCCCCGCCCGCCUCUGCCUGCCCAUUCGUCCAGGCUGCUGCUCCUCGCCAUCUUUGGUUCACCUGACGGCUCCACACUCGAUGCGGUCAGGCCACGCAAAGAGUGCACGCCUGCAACGUCCACUCCUGACACGUGUCCAAACGUUACUGGGCCAGGGAGCAUGGCCGGAGCAGCUGGGUGCAUGGAGGCCCUUGUGAAGCCAGGGGGCUUGCACAUAUUCUUGGUCCACGUGGAAUCAAGUGGGUGCACGUCAGCAGCGUCCGCCACGUCAGCAGGGGGGUGGAGAGGAGAGUACAGCGUGGAGAGAGUGGUGUCCCAGCUGGCGUCGGUGACCGAUAGGGCAUCACCACGUGCUCCUCCUGCCCUGCGUGCUCCUCACUUCGUCUCGUCUCUCAUCCGCCUGGCUCUCGCCACCACUUCCGCCAUCGCUGCCUCUCGCUCCUCUGCACCAGCUUCCCCCUCGCCUCCCUCCUGCCCUACAAGCGUCUCCCCUGGCACUAGCACUAGCGGCACUAGCAGCCGCGAUAGCAUCAGCAGCAGCAGCGGUGGCAGCAGCACCAAAACCACCGCCACCACCACUCACCAACAUACCAGCAAUAUCAGCAGCAGCUGUGGUGGCGGCGUGUCCCCAGAGGCGUUUGUCGGGCAGCUGGUGGCCAGGCUGUGCCACAGGGGGCAUGCGGCAACGGUGGCAUCCGAGCUCGUCCACACAAUCAUCCGACAGCUGGCACACGCCACGUCAGCACCGACACACAACAGCACCAGUGGCACCACUACCAACAGAAGCUCCGCCUUCCCGCAUCUCUCCUCUCUCUACUCCACCAUCAUCGCCUCCCUCGCUGCUGCUGACUCCUUCCCCCUUCACCAGCUGGCAGAGGCCCUCCUCUCCCACCUCGCUGCCCUCGCUGCUGCUCUUGCCACCGCUCCUCCCGCUGCCAGCAGCACCGCCAGUACCACGGCCAACAGCACGAGUAGCAGCAGUGUCCCAGGGACUGUGUUGCAGCUGCUGUUUCAGGGGUUACUGACUCAGCAGCACCCUCAAGCAGUGUACCUUUUCACUUCACACCUCCUCACUCGCUCCCUCCUUCCCCUCCCCUGCCUGUCUUGGAUUGUCACCCUUCUCUCUUCCUCCUCCUCACCCUCUGCUGACGAAUCCUCUGCACCCGAGCCAAUGGGGUUGUGCCACGUGGCACUUCAACAUGUGUUGCGCAUGUGGAGCUCAACGGCACUCGUCCAGUCAUCUUCCAUGGAAAAGCAAAUCUAUGUGACAGCCGCAGCAGGUUUCCUCCUCACUCUCCCCUGCCACCAAAACCCGCAAGCACUGUCUUCAUCUGCGCCCAUUCGCAUGCACCCAUCGCUGCUCACAAUGCUUCUCAAGGGCGUCUCUAUGCGGUUGGAGAGCCCUCUGCCUCUGGUGCGCCUGAUGGGUCAGCGCCUCGCCUUUGCCUUCUCUGUGGCUGUGCACCCUGACCGCCCCCCCAUGCUGUUCGGCGAAUUUUCAUACGAGGGAGGGAUGGUCGCCGGAAGGGAGGAGGGGAAGAGAGGAGGGAGUGGAGGAAGUGGGGGGGGUGCAGCUACUGUUGAAUCGACGCACGAGGCAGCUAUUGCUGCUGCCCUUGAUUUUUCACGAGGAUGGGAUUUUGGGGGGACGGCAGAUCAGGAGCGUAGAGAGGAGAAGGGGGGAAGGGAAGGGGCGAAGGGGGUUGGUAGGGAUGGUGGGGGAGACGAGAAUGGUGAAGUGGAGAAGGGAGCAGGAGAAGAAGGGGAUGUGAUCAAAGAAGAAAGGGAGGAGGAUGAGAGUGAGGGAGGGAGUGAGGAAGGGAGUGAGGAGGAGAGUGAGGAAGAGUGGAGUGAGGAGGACUGGGAUGAGGAGGAAGAGGAGAGUGACGAGGAGUCAGACGAGGAUGAGAGGAGUGUGGGUAUGGGCAUGGGAGUGGGCAUGGGAGUGGGUGUGGGUAUGAGUGGGGAGGGGAGGGGAAUGGCGGCACCCAUGCAGCUGCGCUACUGUGCAGCAGACCUGAGGAAGGCAGAUGACGUCAGUGCGGUGAGUGUUGCUAAGGAUUUUGUCUACUUCGAAACAUUGCUGCUCCCUCUCUUGCUCUCUCUCUUGCUGCCGGUUCUCCCUCUCUUGCUCCCUCCCUCUUGCUCCCUCUCUCUUGCUCCCUCCCUCUUGCUCCCUCUCUCUUGCUCCCUCCCUCUUGCUCCCUCUCUCUUGCUCCCUCCCUCUUGCUCCCUCUCUCUUGCUCCCUCUCUCUUGCUCCCUCUCUCUUGCUCCCUCUCUCUUGCUCCCUCUCUCUUGCUCCCUCUCUCUUGCUCCCUCUCUCUUGCUCCCUCUCUCUUGCUCCCUCUCUCUUGCUCCCUCUCUCUUGCUCCCUCUCUCUUGCUCCCUCUCUCUUGCUCCCUCUCUCUUGCUGCCGGUUCCCCCUCUCUUGUCGCGACCUUCUGUAUGGAGCGAGCGCUUCUGUCCCUUGAACCAAUGAUCCGCUGCCAACCGGACGAGCUGGAUGACGUGGCAGCUGAGCUGGCGCGCUCCCUUAUCCACAUGCAGUGCCAGUUCCUCCUGAAAGGGGAAGAACCGGAGGGGGAGGAAGGUGGGGAGGAGGGCGAGGAGGAGAGUGGGAGCGAGAGAGGCGAGGAUGAGGAAGAAGGUGAGGUGGCGGAGUGUGAGGUAGAAGAAUGGAGCUCUUUCAGUAAAAAGGAGAAGGGCAGCAGGGGAGAAAAAGGAGCCGCGCAAAGGGAAGGAGGCAGCGUGCGAGGCGGAGAAGGAAGGGGAGGAGGGCAGGGUGCAGUGGGAGCAGAGGAGAAGAGGAGAGCAGCGCUGGUGGCUCUGGUUGUCUUUUCCCCUGUGGCAUCUCUGGAGGUGCUUCUGGGGGAGGUGUUUUCUGCCCACGUGGACCUCAGUCAACGCCUGCUCAUCCUGGACGUCCUCGAAGCAGCUGCUAUCGAACUCGCCUCCUACUCCUCCUCCUCCGCCUCCCCUUCCUCCUCUUCUUCCUCUGCUGCUGCCACACUCGCUCAACCACUCUCUUCCUCCUCGCUUUCCACCUCUCGCUCGCACACUCCCUUGAUAGUGGAGAUUCACACUGGGCCGACACCUUGGGAUCAUCCCGCACACUCCCUCUCCCCUUCCCCUCCCGGUGCUGGUAAAUGGGUUCAGCUGCCCGGGAUUCUGCCUGGAGAUCUCGGGCAGCCCGAGAUGGCGAAGGCAAUGUUAGCAGCAGCAGAUGGAGGAGGGUUCGGUCUGACUGGGCUCGCGGGCAGCUGGACAAAAAGUUUCACAAGAGACCUGCCCCGGCGCCCUGGUGACCGCAUCCUCGGGCAGGAGAAACGAACCUCUAAAACAAUCGAAUCUGCAAGAGAGAAGCUUCAAGGAAGCAGCGGUCAGAACCAGCAGCUGCACAGUCAGCGCGAUGUGUCCACGUGUACCCCUCCACGCGUGCGAUUCGCUGACGUGGCGGCGGGGUUCAUGCUGCCGCUGAUGCGAGCGUACGACAGGCAGAGCCACGGGGUGGACUGGGUGGGGCGGGACUUUGUGGUGCUCGCCCGCGUGCUGCUGCUGCUGGGGAAAUGCCUGCGCCUCGUUGGCCCCGCGCCAUCUCUUCUCCCCCUCGCCGCUGCUCUGCUGGAGUUUAUCAACGCCAGCCCCAUCGCUCAGCACCCAGAGCCCUACGUGCAGCAUUGUGCCAUCUUUGCUGCAGCCCCAAGAAGCCCUACGCGUCGGGCUGUCAGGGAUGCUGAGAGUGAUGGCAGCAUGGUUGGGGAGACGGGCGGAGGAGAGUGGGGACGAGCAGACCAAAGCGGGAUGCUGCUGCGGGUGAUGGCAGCAUGGUUGGGGAGACGGGCGGAGGAGAGCGGGGACGAGCAGACCAAAUCGGUGAGUGCUGAGAGUGGUGACAAGCAGACCAGAGUGCUGAACACUCUUGCUUUCGCCUGUCUGCUUUUCCCCGCAUCCCACCCCAACCCUCUCUCCUGCUCUUCCCCUGCUGCCCCUCCUUCCUCCCCCUCCUGCCUUCCUCGUUCCCCUUACUUUCAAGCCCCACCAAACCCCAUCCUCUCACAUCCAGCCAGGUGGCCUUUGCAUACCUGCAGCUGUACUACGAUUUCGCCAGCGCAUGCCUUUUCGUAG